GCGUGCCUGCCCCGCCCUGUCGCUCCUUCAUUUGUUCUACCACAUCCCCGCUGGUACUGGGUUUCUCUUGGACUUCUCCUCCUCAGACUCGUCGCCCUUCCGCCAGCGUUGGAGGGGACAGAGUCUGACGGUCGCAAACCCCGUAGCACGGCGGAAAGUGGCCCAUUCCCAAGGAUACCAUAAACUAUACCCUCAGCUUUCUGCUCGACAAAGUCUCUCAGGGUCAGCAAAUGUAUUCCUCGUCUUCUGGUCCACGCUCGAAGUCUGCCACACACGGUGCAGGGACGAGCCCCGCCAUACGCGAUGCCGCCACCAACGGCAACGCUAGGGCAGCAUACCCUGGUACAUACUCAAAUUUGAACGCAUACACCGCACCAACUGUCGUCGCAUCGACCGCCAGCUCUCGCUCGACGACACAGUCUGCGAGACUACGCCCAACUCCACGGCCCCCGCUCGAGCAGCGCGAUAGCAUUCUGCGCGCCUCGAUCCUGGAUACCGCGUUGGAACUUGGAGUGGGCACCAGCAGUGCAGUUGAUAAAUGGAUGUUCGGGCCUAUUGGCGAAGCGGACGAGGAAACGGACGAGGUGCGCUAGUAUUCG